GAGGAAGAGAGGAAGAGAGGAAGAGUGAGUUCAGAGACGCUGGGCAGAGAUCAGCGUGGUGAGAAGAGAGCAGCAGAACCAGACCAAGAGACGUGAAACAAGCGGCACCGUACUUAAAUGAGCACAUUUAAACGUUUGUUCUUGUUAAAGGAAAAGAGACUGACUGUCUCCAUCGUCCAAUCAGGAUGUUUGUUCUCAUCUGUGCGACUCUGCUCUUCUCUGUGAGACGCAUCACUGCUGCCACAGGUGGAUCAACAACCUGGUGUAUUAAAGAUUACUGUAUCACCGUCAGAGAAGGAGAAAUAGAAGCAGAGGCUGGACUCUGUGUGGUCAUACCGUGUUCUUUCACCACUGAUCCUACUUUCACACCCAAACAUCUGCUGUGGUACAAAUGUGGACCAUUUGAAAGAAGAUGUGUGAAUUCAAACAUGAUAUUCCACUCCAACAAGAGCAGCAAGGACGUUCAGGCUGGGUUUAUGGGACGAGUUUCACUGCUGGAGCCUUAUGAGGGUCUGAAUAACUGCAGCAUCAUCAUCAAUGACCUCACUGAGUCAGACUCUGGAUCAUAUCGGCUCAGAGUUAAAGGUGCAAUUGAUGGGAGAGAAAAUGGAGUAACAUUCAAGCAAAAAGUUAACAUCUCUGUCAAAGGUCUGACCCAGAAGCCCACAGUGGGGAUUCCUCCUCUGACAGAGGGGCAGCAGACCACACUGAGCUGCACUGCUCCUGCUCUCUGCUCUGGAUCGGAUCCUGAGAUCACCUGGACGUGGAGAGGAGCAGGAGAGAAGGACUCUCCCAUCACAGGAAGCAUCACUGCUGUGAAGACCCAGAACCUGACUUCUGUCACACGGAGACGCAGCUCAACUUUGACCUUUAACCCUUCAGCUGAACACCACGGCACCAAUGUGACCUGUAAGGUCAGCUUCACCAACAACAUCACUACAGAGGAGACAGUGAUGGUGACCUAUAUGAAGAAACCUUUGAUCAGCGGAAACACAGCGGUUAAAGAAGGAGAUGUUUUCAAUCUGACCUGCAGUGCAGAUAGUUUCCCUCCAUCUCGUGUCACAUGGACUAAACUUUUUUUCAACGAAAGCCUGCCAAUCAAAAAUGUCCUGCACAACGUCAGUGGAACAGCAACACUUCUCAUCCAUAAUGUGACAGCAGAGUAUUCUGGUCAGUACGUCUGUACAGCGGAGCAACGGAUCACUAAUGUGACUACAGCUGCUGAAGUAACCGUGACGUUUGUUCCAAAGUUCAGCAACCAGUGCAGCACCGUGGAAGCAGAGAAGAACCUCAAAGAUCUGCUUUAUUCAUUUUUCAUCAGCUUCACAAACCCACACGUCCUCAUUGCGUUUUUGAUGGGGAUUCUCCUUUCAGCAACCAUCUGCUGUUUGGCCCUAAAAUGCUGCAGAAAAAAAAAAAAAAAGAACUCUGGUGGAAUGGAUCUGCAGAUCGUGACCACUCAAGUGGUUCCACUGAUGGAUCCUAAUCAAGCAGCGGACAGCGACGGGACCCACGGCCCAGAAGGUGAUGUGCAGCCGAGAGAGGUGGAGUACUCGGACAUCGACUUUUCCUUGGUGAAACGAAAGAGUGUCGGAGGGGCCGAGGGUACGCAGGAGACCCCAGAUACAGAGUACGCUGAGAUCAACAACAAGGGAACGGAGGAGAGGCAAAGCGACGGUGCUGAGGACAGUGAAAUGAUGGAGGGCCGGGAAGAGGAGGGUGAGAAGGAGGAAGAGGAGGCCAUAGGGGGAGAUGAGGAGACAGAAGAGUGUGUGCUGAAGGAGGAGGGUGGAGGUGAGGAUGAUGCGGUUUACUCUAAUGUCCAUGAAGUGAUGGUGGAGUGACUUCUUUUCUUAAAAUGGCGUUUCAUUAAACGUGACGGGGUCGAUAUGGUGCAGAAAUGCAUGUUUUAGAUGUGAUGCUGAGUGUUUGUGAGUGAGGUGGAUUUCCUUUUCCAGAAAGUGCAAAAGACACAUAAAAUAUCACAUUGUAUUUAAUAAGUGCUUUUUAAAGAGACAUAAAUAUCUAAAAACAUGCUUAGUAGAAAUAGUCCAAUAAGCAGGAAGGACAGACAGGUUGCAGCAGCAGGGAAAUGCAGCUCAUUUUGUACCAAAGUGCCCUUUGUUAUGAACUCUUAGCUGUGGCUCAUGAAGUGAAGCGACUGAGUGAGCAGGUAAGGCACUGCAGCCCAAAUACUGCUCUCAUUUUAUGAUUAAAGUUUGUUAGAAUGCAGUCUAUUGAUAUGAAAUAUUCAAACCUGAUGCCUAGAUGUAGAUGUAUUUGCACAGAAAUAAAAGC